AUGUGUCGCUUGUUGGUUUUUCUAAUAAUAAUCCCGUGUGUUGGAAGAUCCCUAAGUUGGACAGCCGGAGAUGUUGUUCAUCAGCUUAAUAAAGAUCUACGGUUACAGCUGAAUAUUUAUUUGGAUUGUGAAGACAUGGAAUUUCAACUGAAUCAGGAAGUGCCUAAUUUAUUAGUGAAUACUUCUGUGGAGCAAAGAAAGUUGUUGGGCAGGUUCAAUGAACGUGCUUUGAUAAUUGCCUGCCUAAAGGAUUCAACAGAUAAUCGAACUCUAAGUGGCUUAAAGGAUUUACUUUGGGGCCUACAAAAAUUACAUAUUUUGUAUGUCGUAAAUUCCAAUGUUCAUUUGUACUUUGAAGAAGCUCUUAACAAUGGUUUUCUUCAUGUGCUGGCUCUAAAUUCAAAAACUGGAUCGCUCUACACUUAUGAACCCUAUCCCGAAAUUAAAAUUCAUCAGGUUGAGAAAAUGCAAUCGUUUUAUACCUUGACAAGACUUAGAAAUUUGCAAGGACACACAGUAUACAUCACGGUGGAGACGAUGACUCCCCGUUGUUUUCGCUAUAAUAAUAGUAAUGGUGAAAGAGUUUAUGCUGGUUACAUGUACAAAAUGAUUAAAACGUUCAUUGAAUUCUACAAUGGAACGGAGGAGCAUGUUUUUGCUAAUUAUUCAUACGUGCCCUAUGCAAUUGGUUUAAGAGCCCUUAAAAAUGGUCAAAUUGAUAUGCUACCCCGGAUAAUACACGCAAUGGAUUGGAUUUAUUUCUAUCGCAGUCAUGUUUUAUACAACAUUAAAACAUUUAUCAUGGUACCUUGGGCCGAACCAUUACCAAAGAGCCUGUACUUUAUUCGACCUUUUGAUUGGACAGUUUGGAUGGCAUUUACCAUAAGCAUUGCCUACUCCUCGAUUAUGAUCUGGUGGAUGGGUUAUAGACAGAAGGGAAAAUCAUCUCUUUCUCUUACUUUUAUGGAUGUAUUGCAAAUGAUGUUUCAACUUCCUUUCACCAAAAUCUGGCACUUUAAAAUGGGAACUCGUCAAGUAUUCAAUUUUUUCGUGCUUUUCGCAUCUGGUUUUGUGCUGACCAAUCUCUACACCGCUCAGUUAUCAUGUUACUUAACUACUGGCUUAUUUAAGCAUCAACUCAACAGCUUUGAAGAUCUAUUUCGCGAAAAACAAUUGUUGAUGGUAGACCAAUUCGAUGCAGAUGUACUAAGAAAUAUGACAAAAUCGAAAAUUAUUCAGCAAGGAUUUGAUAAUAUUAUUUUAACGGAUGAGUUAAAUACAGUCUUGAAGCAUCGAAAUAACCUUAAUACAUUGUAUGCUUAUGAGGCCUAUGAGGACAGACUUGCAUAUUUGCUACUACAACAAAAGUAUCUUCGAGUGCCGCUUUUCAAAACAAUAAAUGAGGUCUUCGAUCAACAACCAGUAUUUGUGGCUCUACGACACGGAUUGCCAUAUACGGAAUUAGUUAACGAUUACAUUCGGCGAAUCUGGGAGUCGGGCAUUUGGGUACAACUUCAGAAAGAAGCCAAUUUAGAAGGAAUAGCCAAUGGCAAAAUAUCCUAUCGAAAAUCGAAAUCACGCGAGGUUCAGGUUUUCGAUAGAAAAUUUUAUUUUUUUGCCUAUUUUUUAUUAGGGCUGGGAUGGCUUUUUGGUAUAGUUUUAUUUUUGCUGGAGAGAUUUAUUUAUCAUAUCAAAUAUAGUAAAUAA